AUGGUGUACCCGCGUACUGCUUCCACCCGGGCCUAUGCCAUCGCCCUGUGCAGCCUAGCAAUGCCCCUCUCCACCUCUCAGAGAGACACAACAACCGUCGUGUGCGAAGUCUCGGACGGCGACAAGAAUUUCGGCGUUCGUGUCGUCAACGAUGUCGGUUGCCUCAACGGUGGACUUGGUUGCUACAAUGACCACUGCCGCUACUGCAAGCUCUUCGAUACACCCAAGUCAACGCGGUUUGAAAGCUGCGCCUUGUUCGGAGCAACCUUCCCCACCAUGGCACCGCUUACAGCCACCACUGGUUCAUGCGAAAUCUCUGAAGGAGAUGCUGCCGCCGGCAUCGCUGCGGUGGUUGAUGCCGAUUGUUUGUACGGAGGCCUCGGCUGCUUUAACGACCAUUGUCGAUUUUGCAAAGUGAAGGAGACGCCGGAAUCCACUGCGUUCCUCGGCUGCAAUGACUUCAAUGCGUCUACGAUCGUUACCGAUGGUACGCCGACUACCCCCGCACCAACCCUUGCUGUCACAGAUGGAAAGACCUCGUAUGGAGCCUGCUCGCUUGUGGCGUCCGAGGGUGACGCUGCCGUCGGGAUCAAGAUCGUACCGGACGUUACAUGCACUAGUGGUGGUGUUGGCUGUAUUGAUGAGGUGUGUCGUUUUUGCAGAGCGACCACCACAGUGCAGUCGGCCACUUUCACAGACUGCAGCACAAUUGCUGACGUCCCCACGGAGACACCAAUUGAGCUUCCAACGGGGGUACCAUCCGUCGAUGGUACGUGCCAACAAGUUGCUGCACUGGGAGACAUCAAGGUUGGUAUCGUCAUCGUCACGGACACCACGUGUGCUACUGGUGGUAUCGGCUGUAUCACCGACGUGUGUCGCUACUGCAGGCUCGUAUACACGCGGCAGUCGGCUGCAUUCACGGAUUGUGGCAUGAUUCGUGGAACCGACGCACCAACGAAUACCCCCACUGCAAUUAUUGUUGGCACCGAGGCUCCCUCGGAAGCACCAACCAGAGCACCGGUGGACCAACCAGGGUGCCCCCAGGUAGUCUCGGCGGGUGACGCAUCAGUCGGGAUCAAUAUCGUCACGGACACGACCUGCUCAAGUGGCGGUCUGGGCUGUAUCGACACUGUUUGCCGCUUUUGCAAGACCCUCGACACGCCGCAAUCGACGACUUACACGGACUGCACAUCCAUCACCGGGUAUUCUGCUGGCGCAGUUACCACCACCGACGCCCCGACCGAGGCUCCAACGGAUGCUCCGAGUGACGCCCCAACCGAGACACCCACAAUUGCUGUCCAGCUCGCCGAAGCGUGCACUCAGGCUGCUUCCGAGGGCGAUGCCAGCGUCGGUAUCGGCCUCUUCACUGACACUUCCUGCGCGAGCGGAGGCGUUGGCUGCAUUGACGACGUGUGCCGCUUCUGCAAGCUCAAGUCCACAGAGCAGUCCGCAGCGUUCGUGGAUUGCCCUUCGACAUAG